CAAGACAUAAAAACCACAUGACUUAUAAUUUGUGACUAUUUCGUAUAAUAGCUAAGAACCAACUAAGCCGCGCAAUCGUGAAAUACCUAACAUUUACUAAAUAAAUAUAAAUUAUUUUACACAAAUCUCACCAGUGUCAAAUCAACACCAACCUCGGCAACAUCAUGGCCGUUGUACUUCUGGUACUCCUGAGUGUACUCUCAGUUUUAAUAGCAUUAUACACACUAUCGAAAUGGAAGUACGAUUACUGGGAGAAGAAAAAAGUGCCACAUCCAAAACCUGCAGCACUCUUUGGAAAUUACGGGCCGUUCAUUAAGGUGAAGAAGUAUUACGGACACAUGGUACAGGAUAUCUGCCGGCAGUUCCCCAACGAACCAUACGUGGGCGCCUACUUCGGCACAGAGCCCACUCUAAUCGUCCAGGACCCGGAACUGAUCAAACUGAUCACUACCAAGGACUUCCUAUAUUUCUACGGCCGAGAAAUUUCCAAAUACACGGACAAGGAGACUCUCACGAGGAACUUGUUCUUCACACAUGGAGACCGGUGGAAGCUGAUCAGGCAGAACACCUCGCCGCUGUUCACAGGUUCCAAGAUAAAGGGUAUGUUCCCCUUGGUCGAGAAGUGCACGCGGACCUUCAAGUCUUUGCUCGAGAGCAAGACCAAAAUGUCCAACGUGUUGGAGGUGCGCGCCCUUAUGGGUCGCUACACCAUGGACUGCAUCGGCUCCUGCGGGUUCGGUAUUGAGUUCAACACUAUGGACGACAACGUCAAAGACAACAAUUUCAGGAAAAUGGGCGAUAUGAUAUUCGAAAUCUCAAAGGCUAGGGGCUUCGCUCAGACUGUUCGCUCCGUCUGGCCAGCCGUAUUCUACGGUUUAGGUUUCAGUGUAUUCCCUUCGACGAUAUCGAAGUUUUUCCACAAUCUUCUGCUUAAAGUGUUUGAACAGCGCCAAUACAAACCGACGUCACGGAACGAUUUUGUGGAUAUGCUGUUGAAUUUGAAGCAACAAGAGAUCCUGACUUCUGAAAGUAUGAUGACCAGGGAGAAGGUGACGAUGAAGAUUGACGACGAGUGGUUGGUGGCGCAGUGUGUGGUGUUCUUCGCGGCAGGGUUCGAGACCACGUCGAGUGCGUCAAGUUUUAUUUUGUUCGAGCUGGCGAAGAACCAAGUGGCCCAACAGCGUGCGUAUGAGGAGGUGAAGGAGUACUUAAGCAAGCGAGAGGGGAGGAUUGGUUUCGACUGCGUGACAGAGUUGCCUUAUUUGGAAGCUUGUACGGAGGAGGCGCUGCGGCUGUACCCGGGGCUGGGCGUGUUGACUCGCGAGGUGAUGGAGGACUAUACGCUGCCCACAGGGCUCCGCCUGGAGAAGGGCGUGCGCAUCCACAUCCCUAUCUACCACCUGCACCACAACCCGCAGUACUUCCCCGAGCCAGAGGAGUACAAGCCAGAGCGGUUCCUGCCAGAAAACAAAGUCAACAUCAAGCCGUACACGUUCAUGCCAUUCGGAGAAGGACAUCGUAUUUGCGUAGGUAUGCGGAUAUCGAAGAUGCAAAUGCUGCCAGGUUUGGUGACGGUCUUGCGUCAGUAUCGGGUGGAGCUAGCUGACGACAUGCCGAGCAAGUUGGAGAUGGAGCCAUCCGCCAUUGUCACUGCGCCAGUAGGUGGCAUCUGGCUCAAGUUUGUACCGAGGAACUAGAGAUAACAAUACGCAUGACAUAAGCUCACGACUAUAUCCCAAUUGAAGUAAUCAGAGUUACAUUCAUUGCAAGAUGAACUAAGUACUUACACCUCAUUGAAUUGUCUGUAAGACCAACGUGAUAAGCAGUGGUGGCCUUAGCAAAAUAUUUAGGUGGUGCGUGACCUCAAAAUGGCGCCCCUCAAAUUACAAAUCCCAGUUGCUUCCCUCUAGAUACGGGGCUGCUGGCCAGAAUGAACCAGU